GUAUUUAAUGUUUAUAUUCGAAACGGAUUAGAACCACACGGUAGAGGGUUCACCUAGUAUAUGUUCAUAUUCGGAACGGAUUUUAUCUGCUGUGAAUCUGUUGUUUGCGAUGUAUAUAUAGAUAUAGAUAUACAUAGAUAUACAUAGAUAUAUAUAUAGAUAGAGGUAAAUAUAUUUAUUUAUAUAUAUAUAUGUGUGUGUGUGCGUGUGUGUGUGUGUUCACAACGAGUGGCAGAUAAACUUGCGUAAUGGGGGAUGUUGCGAAUGCUCGGGCGGUCCCAGAGAUCAUUGAGAAUACUCUGACCGAGUCCUUGGAAAUCCGAACAAGGGGUCUAUCGCGUGUGACAGGUCUUGGCCCACCCGAUCUAUGUCAGUACACUAAGGUCCAAGAGAAAACACAAUCGCUACUGCGCUCCAAUCCCGUCGGGCCUUCUGUGCUAGGAUGCUUCCACUUUGUAUACGGCGUUGACUGCAGUUCUCCUGCGGCCGUGGCUGCGUACUUCAACACACUCGUCAAUGACCUGCGCAAGGCCGCUGUCAAUACUAAAGCGUCUUGGCGCAUCCAGAGCGGUACGUACUGUUGCUAUAACGCGUUUGCCGGUGUGGAUGUACGCGUGGAGGUGACUAUGCCGGGCACGGUCAAUGCGUACGUGCUGGACAAUCAGGGACGUAGAUAUGGAUGUGAUGAGCGCAUGUGGCAGGAGGUGCAGCUAUGCUCUGUUCUGCGGUAUGUAGAAAAGCCGUCACCAUUUGAUGUGCCGAUAUUCGGUCUCCGCACAUUUCAUCCUUUCAAACGACCCGGAGACGAGAGAGCUUUCCUGAAGACGGCAACGGAACUCUUCUGGGACGCACAUGCACUGGGCACAGACGAAUUGACAGCCAAUGUGACGAAUGUCAACAACAAACUAACGCAAGGCGUGAAGAAGUACUUUCUUAAUUCGCUCAGAUACCAUCAGUGCAUGUCAUUCUUCCUGCUGCUCGCGCGACAGGACACGGAGCUGGUCUGUGUGCUGACCGAAAUUCAGCACUUCUUCCAACAAACUGCAUCUGCGUUAGUGCUGGUUUCGGACCAUCUACUGACGAAUAAUACGUCAAGUGCUUGUGUGCUCAAGCAGUCGCAGUUGCUGUUGGACCGUGGAAACGUGGCUGAUUCGCUCACACUCGCGAAACGCGCUGUGGAUAUGGCUCCAGCCCAGGCUCAGGUUUGGAUUCACCUCGCUAAGACAUACGUAGCAGACAGACAGUUCGACCUCGCCCUGGUCGCCUUAAACGUAGCUCCCAUGUCGCACGGCCUGGACGUGUGUGUGCCUGACAUACCCGACUUCAUCCCGUCUGCCAAUGUGAAUGAGGUUCUGAGAGAUAUGGUUGAUGAGGAAUCCGAGGGGGACCAGACCCUGGCGUCUCUGCCUGCCAGCAACUUACGGGGCACGUUUGUGGAGGCGUAUGCUGUACUGACCAGUGUACUCAAUAUUAUUUCGUGGGACGAGCUACUCGCUCACCGAACACAAGUGUUCCUGAUGGAGGAUGAGUACGCACGAAAUAAAGAGGAGGUCCAAAGUAGCAGCAAAUCUGAGUCCGAUGUCAAGGCUGAAGAAAACGAAGGCAAAGACACGGAUAAGCAGUCGGAAGUGCCUGCCACCGCUAACGAUACGACUGCGAAUGACACCGACGGCAAAACAGACGAAGACGAUGCAACGCCCACGCCCACGUCUGACACCGAGAAGGACAGCGCAGACGAGCCCAAGGGCAAGGACGGAGUGAGCGAAGCAGCUGAUAUGGCCGACGAUGAGGUUUCGCAGCCCACUGCCGCGUCACCUACUCCACCGGAGGCAAACUACACUGGCACAAAGCGCCUGCUUGAGCGGUGGCUGGAUCAGCUCUUCACUGCACUCUACCAGGACCUGAUGUGCAGUGUCAUUUGGAACGCUCAGGAGCAACACGCCAUCAAGACUGGCUCGCGAGUGGAGCACACAAUCGGUGACCUACUGAGAUACGGAUACCUGGCCAAUCGAUUGGGCAAGAAGGAGGACGCCAUCAAAGCAUUCCAGCAGUGCACUUCGCAAGGUUUCUGUCUAAGAGGGCUGCUAGCUAUAGUUGAUAUGUACGCCGACGAUGGAUUUGUCGAAGAAACUCUCGCUACAGUCGAUGCUAUCUGCCAGUUCUACGAACUAAAUACCGACUAUGAGAUUCCGGUAUCCGUGCACCAGGCCGUGUACAAGCUAAUCCGAAAACACGGCGUUGCUAUGCUGAACCAACUUGGUGGCAAAUGGGUCACCCGUAGUCCCCAUGUGAAGCGCAUAAUCGACAACGGUGUGAGCUGGGCUGUUACUGGGCACGACCAGUAACCGAUCAGCAAGGACGCUCCUGCACUCAAACGAAUAGUAGAUGGAGUAUAGAAUUUGAUACGAAUAAAGAGAAAACAUGGAAGGACUAC